AUGGAGACACGCAGUAAUUGGCCAACAGGUGAAACGACUCAUCCUAAUACUACACGAAAUACCUACUCGAAAUGCGCUCUGAGCAGAGCACGGUUCGUUAUAAUUGGCGUGGUUAUAGGUGCUCUCAUUGCUGGCAUUGGUCUGGGGACAGUAGUAACAAUGUACGUCAGUGAUCAGUCAAAAACAAUCGCAAGCACAACGCAAACAACAAGUAGCUCUAUUACAAGUACAAGUUCAACAUCAAGUAGUACUAGUAGUACAAGUUCAACAUCAAGCAGUACUAGCAGUACCAGUUCUACAACAAGUAGUACAAGUUCAACGUCUGUUACCACCACAACGACAACGUCACCUAUACCCUACUCCUACAUAUUUUGGUCAUUUGACUCGAACUGCAAUGAUAUGUAUAAUGUAUACAACGGUGUUCCUAUGAACGGCGCAAGUUAUACGUCACCUGGUUAUACUGGUUAUGGCUCUGCGCUGUCACUUGAUGGAAGCAGCUCUCAGUAUGUUCUUGUGUCAAAUUAUAAAGAUAUGAGAUAUACAAGUUUCACUUGGGAAGUAUGGUCAUACCCGACGAACUUGACCAAUUUCGACAAUAUGAUGUUAGGUAUGUGCGAAACACCAAAUAAUAGUAGGUGUAUGCACUGGACAAUUCGAACUAAUCGAACUUAUUUUGGAUUCUAUGCCAAUGAUUGUCAGGGUUCAACAAUUCUUCAGACAAAUCGCUGGUAUCACAUUGCAUUUGUCUAUGAUUAUCCUACUCUCACACAGUAUAUAUAUCUCGAUGGGGUGCUUGAUGGCAUAAACAAUUCAUCAGCUCCAUUUCAAGGAGCAAAUGGAGUAAUGACGAUUGGGGCGCUGAAUACUACCAGUGGACCGCCAGCAUCGUUCUGGUCAGGCUAUAUUGAUCAAAUGUCAUAUGUAUCACGAGCAAAAACUGCAGCUGAAAUUCUCACUGAUGCCACUCUGGUAGCUUAUUAUUCGUUCGAUAAUGGAUCACUCCUUGAUUCAGGACCCAACAAAAUUAAUGGAACAGCUGUUGGUGCGAGUAGAACCGCGGGUCGUGUCAAUGACUCUCUUCUCUUUAAUACAUCUGGUGCGUAUUUCCAAGCAGGUGGGUUCACUCUUUUGGGCGUGGUUGGUCACGAAUAUUCUAUUUCACUCUGGGUGAACAAACUAUCAUCUGCCAGUGCAGGUGGAACAUUAGCUCAUGUCUCCGGAAGUUCGAAUGGAACAUUAUGGUGCAUAUCGAUGUUGGGUCUGACCACGUCCGAUGAGAUUAUUGGUGAAAGUUGGAAUAAUUCCAUAGUAGCUGUACAAGGUCCAGCUCUCGUAGCAGGUGUGUGGACACAUAUAGUGACAUCAUACAGCUUGACAAACGGCGUUCGUCUUUGGAUAAAUGGAAGUUUGAUUGGCUCGUCGCCACAAUUCACUUACGCAGCGUCGAACUUAGCUAACUGGAUAACAAUAGGAACGACAUUUUCCGAUGCAGUACAGUGUGCGCAUGGCAAUGUCUCGAUCGGACAGUUCUAUGGUAUGAUCGAUGAGAUGAAGGUUUAUUCACGAGAACUUACAAGUAGCGAUGUUUAUCAAUUGGCUAAUCCUUAA